AUGCAUGAAAAUAUAACCUUGGCUUUGAACAGCGCUCGAGCAAUCGGAUGCAACGUUGUAAAUAUUGGGGCCGGAGACAUUCUAAAUGGAACAAAACAUCUACUUUUGGGAUUGCUCUGGCAGAUAAUCAAGAUUGGAUUGCUGAAGCAGAUAAAUGUCGUAGCACAUGCGGAACUGGCAACGCUUCUUGAGGGGGAAGAAACGAUUUCCGAUUUCGCAAAACUAUCGCCUGAAGACAUUUUGAUACGGUGGGUGAAUUAUCAUCUGCAAGGAACGGAGAGUGAUACACGUAUGCACAACUUUACUAUGGAUGUACGGAAUUGCGAAGUGUACGCUUACCUUGUGGAGAAAAUAGCACCACCAGAAAAGAAACAAUUUAUGCACUCUACCCGAGCGAUUUUGGAUGCUGUCGACCUGGUUCAGCGGGCGGAAAUGGUUCUUCAAAAUGCGGAACAGUUGGACUGCCGAGUUUUCGUGCGACCACAAGAUAUUGUCAGUGGGUCACAACGUCUAAAUCUUGCAUUCUUGGCAAAUCUAUUUCAUGGUUAUCCUGCUUUGGAUAAACCACCCCAUGUGGAAGAGAAAGUGGCCGAGGUUGAAGAGACACGCGAAGAAAAAACUUAUCGUAACUGGAUCAACUCGAUGGGCCUUACUCCGACAGUGAAUUAUCUAUACAGUGAUCUCACAGACGGCAUCAUUCUGCUCAAGCUAUUUGACGCAAUCAAACGUGACACUGUGGACUGGACACAAGUACAUUCCGAGCUGUGUUCCACUGAAGCCAAAGCCAAUUUUCAGAAAUUAGAGAAUUGCAACCACGUUAUUCUGUUGGGUCGAAGAUCUGGCUUUAGCCUUGUGGGAGUUGCAGGGGCUGACCUGAGUGAAGGAAAACGUUUAAUGACAUUGGCCUUAUUAUGGCAACUUAUGAGAGCCUACACACUGUCCCUGUUAUCAAGGCUAACACAGGUGCAAACCAAAGAAUCAGGCGGAAGAAAUAGCAGAAUGCUCAUGCCAAUUGCUGAAGAUGAAAUUAUUUCCUGGGCAAAUGAUAAAUUGAAACAAGCCGGAAAAUCUUCCAGAAUCUCGACAUCUAUGGGGUUCUCUGAUCCCAGUCUCAUUUCGGGAAUCACUAUAAUUGACUUGAUCGAUGCAAUUCGCCCCGGACUUGUGGAUUACAAUUCAGUGCUACCUGGUCGAUCAAAGCAAGAGCAACUGAUAAACGCUCAGUACGCUAUCCCUAUGGCUAGAAAAAUCGGGGCUUCUGUUUAUGCCGUUCCAGAAGAUAUCGUAGAACUUAAGGCUAAAAUGAUUAUGACAAUAUUUGCCUGUUUAAUGAUCACCGAUUUGGAGGGAAGAAACGCGGUUAGAGCUGGAAGGAGACCAACAACUCCAGCUGGAUUAAUCGAAGCAAAAGCAAGAUCCGACACGCCUUCAAAAUUGAUUCAAAACAAACGAGUACUUGAUGAUCAACUGAAUUCCUUGUCUAGUCCAGUUGCGAAGGGAGAGACACGCAAAUCGGACGCGGAGUCUGAGAAACUAGAAAGUGUAACUUUGACCGUUCCGAUUCUACAAAGGCCAUCCGCGGAGAAGGUGUAUAAGAAAACCUUGAAUUUCACCCUGUCUGAUGCCGGUCGUUGCUUGUCACCAACCCGAAGCACAAUAUACACAAGAUCUGGUCCAGCUGGAGAUUGUGCGGAUAAGCGUGAUCAGUCACCAGCACAACCGUAUAGGAACCGCGAGAUCCGUGGUUAUUCGGACCGACCUCCUCAAAGAGAUAGAUUUUUCUCCCCCACUGGAUAUAGUACGAACUAUGUCGAAAGGACUGGUUCAAGAGACCAUUCACAAUCUCCAGGAAGGAAAGAUUACACAAAUUUAUCGAAAUCGGUGCCCACAAUCAAUUUAAUUGAACGGAAUUCCGCUGACGUUCGGAGUAGGCAGCGAAUUAGCCGACAUCACACUGUAUACAAAGAUCAGGACUUUAAAGAUCUCGCAGACAUUCCACCUCCGGAGCCAUCUACCGAUUUUAAAGAAAAUUUCGGUGAUCUAGGAGGUCAACUGUCAUGGAAGAAAUAUACUCACAAACAAGAGGAGAGAUAUAGCACCUGGCGACAUGAGGGACAUUCAUAUCGCUCACACGGAGGUGGGCGAUUGUUCUUGGCUACGCAAAGCAAAAAAUAA